GACCGGUCGACAGUGUGAUUGGCGAGAUGUGGAAAUAGGCGACUCGUCAUACUGUUUCGAACGGUUCACGAUCUCCACGAGCACGACUGCACCUCCAAAAAGUGAGAUCGAGCAGUGGGGCCCCUCAGCGGUAUCAAUGGCUUCGCAUGACAACCUGACGCUUGAAACUUCUCGGAUGUUCAGACCAGGAAACUUUCCGUCGUGGGCGAGACCGGGACUUGGUAGACGAGGUCGAACAUCGUAUUCGAAGCCACUGUGCCGGGAUAAGAUCAAACCGGUCGAUACUGUCAGUUGUAGAGCAGGAAAGAGUGGAGAGAGUGUGACGGAUAACAAGCUGUCACCGCGCGACAAGGAGUUGGCGUUCUUGAAGUCGCAGCACAGCGACGUGUUGAGGGGGUUGCACGGCGAAAUCGAGAGGUUGAAGGCGGAGAAUAAAGAUCUUCAGUUCAAACUGGUGAUGACCGACAACAGAGAGACGAGGAGUGAGGAGACUGGAGAGGGGAAUGUGAUGAUAAGAAGUUGUAGUCAAGACCGUGUGAGUAUUGAUUUGAGGCAAGAACGGGAAGACAAGAAGGCUAAAGACAUGCAAAGUUUCUUUGAACAAGAGCUUCAAGACUUGCGGAUGUGUCUGCAGGAGCAAUUAGAAAAGAACACCAAGCUGACAGAACAGAUAGAGCUCAUACAAGUAGAACACCAACAGUUGUUGGGUCAGUCAAUGUCUGGAGUUCCUACUGCUGGUGGGGUGAUAUUUUUGCCAUCUGCUUAUUCUCAUCAUGUUCAGCAACCCGGGCCCACAUUGCCACAUCUUUCUAGGCAUGGACCUGUGCGUCUCGUCUCUCAGUCUCAGUCUAAUGAGACGCUGCGUGAUCAGUAUCAACAACCACAGCAACGUCAAGAAUCGAUUCCCCCAUAUAAGUUGAAUGGAAGAGGAGUUGCAAUGCCUGGUGGAGCGGGUCUGCAGAUAUUUACGGCAGAGCAGGUGCCACGAUUGCCUACACUGCAAGAAUGUGAAUCUAUAAUAAGGCAUCUUCAGCAAGUGAAUGAUAAGUUGCAGCAUGAGCUCAUCAGUGUGCGAUCAGAUCUCAGAGAUGUGCUGUAUUCUAGCAAAUGGACACCAGAUGCAUUUCUGUUGGCAAAGAGAUAUGUAAAGGAGAAUAGUCUGUGUGGAGCAGACCGCAACAAGCCACCUAACCAAAAUAUCUACGGUCAAAAGCGUGAAUUGCCACACCAUGCUCACAAAGCAGUCGAUGGUGUGUCACUCCCACCUCUCAAACCCAAUCUAGAGAACCGUGUGGCAGAUAGACAUCGAAGACAGCAGGCUACACAGAAGGCGAUAUUUAGACGAGAGGUGCUUCAGUGACUGGUUCAGCCUUGUAACUAAAAUGUAUUUGAAAACGUAAACGUGUAUAAUAACGUUCGAUUUACACUGUCAAUUGAUUGAAAAUGUUGAUAAGUAAACUUUUUACUGCCCUCUCAGUUUCAUUUUGGACCUUAACCUUUGCCAGUGUAAUUACAGCAAGAAAUCACUUUGCACUGGUUACAUGUACUGGCUUCUUGGUCGUCGG